UGUUUAAGGUGAGUUUGGUCAACAAAAAGUAGAAGAACUCAAGAGUGGGAUGAACAGAGACGUUUUAUUAGAGUCGGAAUAACGAGGGUACAAGAGUAAGAAAGCCGGCUAGUCGAUGCUCGGUGAGAUCCUAGCCGGAAGUACAAGAGAGCGGCGAGAUACAAAGAGAAUAAAGGAAACCCUAAUCUUGCCGCAAGUCUGUCUGUCUAUGUGUUGAUCCUUUCUUUCCUGUCCUCAACUCCUUAUAUAGUCUCCUAGGUCGGUUGGCUUUGACCUAAUCCGUCCCCUUCGUUAUGGGCCUUUUGGCUUAAAGGCCCAGUCGAGAAGACUGCUCGGCCCGAGCCGCCUGAUCGUUUCCAUCGGCUUCUCGUCGUUCAGCUAUAGAGGUCUCGAGCCGAGUCGCGGCUCGUCAGGAGCCGUCUCCGAGCCGGUCAUCCUUUGAAUGGUAGUAAUGGGCCUCCUAUUCGCUGGGCCUUGUGGAUGGUGCCAAUCCAUCCCCAACAGUAAGUCCCCCCCUAGUUCGUUGUCGAGCAGCUGGUCGCAGCGAAUUAGUGAGUUAGGGCUCGAAGAAUAGGAGGUUUGAUAGUCGGUUCCUUUGAUUUAACCGAGGAACCGCCGGCGGAAAGAGUUCCGGAUGUUCCCGAACGAACAACCGACCUAUCGUACGCUCGAUGCCUCAGAUGAACUCCUCUAAACCGAUGAAUCGACUGUGCCGGUUUUUGAUGUGACAGCGAACCAUCACUGGUUUUCGAUCGAGAAGCUGAAACGUCGCUAGGGUUUUUUGUCGGGAAUCCGAAAGGUUGCGUCUGAGUGUGACGCGCGAGCCCGCCGAUAGGCCCAAUUAGGCCCGCUUAGGGCUAAUGAUGGCACCUCGUGGGAGGCGCCUUCACUCUCUCUAUAAAUAAGAGGUCUCUCUCGAGAUCUCUCUCAUUCUUCUCUCAGUUUAUCAGGUACUUUCUCUCUCUACUCCUUAUCUCUCUAGCUUUUGCUCUCUGUUUUAGUUCCUCUACUCGAUAUGUCGACGAGCAAACAACUUUCUCGAGAACAAAAGGGAAAGAUGAUUUCGAGCACCACUGGUCCCGAUAGUGAUCUGGAGAGGGUUCGCGGAUCCGGCGAUAGCGUAGAGGAGGCUCAUCGCGAGGCGAUGAUGGAUACCGAGAACAUGACCCGAGAGCAGCGUAUGCUCGUCUCGGUAGCGAUGGUUCAAUCUCGCGCAGACGAUGACGGAGGCGAUGGCUCUCCUGACGACGGGAUGACUCCCUACUGCUUCUACCCGGGAAAUAUUUUCGAGGAGCAGCGCCGACUCGAUCCGUCGCGAGCUCGUCCCCCUGUAGUUGAGGGGCAAGACUGGAGGAACGUUUUACCGACGCGAUCCACAUUCGAGUCGGUGACGAAGCUGCUGAAGAGAGGCAAGGCGACCGGGGUUACAUUCAUAAUCCCGUCAAAGACCCAAAGGCCGUGGUCCCCCCCGAAGGGGUAUCAGUGCGUAUACGAGUCGUACUUCGAAAAGGACACGAAACUAUGGUUUCCGAUUCCUCGACUCGUCACCGCCUACACGAUGCGCCGAGGAGUCGCUUUGAGCCAAUUCUUGAAUGGCGCUUGGCGUCUAGCAGUUGCGCUGAUGGUGAUUGGGGCGGAAGCUGGCGCUGCUCUCAGCGUCCGAGCAUUUGAGGAGCUGGUCUCGGUGAAGAUUAAUCGAGGCCUGUUAUCACUGAAGAUACGCCCGAACUAUAAUGUGGUAACGGGCUAUCCGACCAAGACGAACGACUGGCAGCGAUCGUACUUCUAUGUUAAGUCCGAUCGCUCGGCUUUCGAGGAGCCGCUGAAGACCGGUUACCGUGUUCUUUGGAACAAUGAAUUUGGUAUUGAAUGUUCUUUAAUCUUUUACUGUUUCAGACUCCUGACCAUCUCUUUUUCUCUUGUUUUGACAGUUCCUCACUCGAAUACCGCGGAGUACGAGGAAGAUUUCUUGGAGAGUGCUCGGAUUAUCGCGUCCCAGAAACAGGAUUUUUGGGAGAACUUCUCGUACAGGAGGAUUCGUAGGUCGAUUGAUCGGAUCAAGCGGCAGGUUUGGCGUUCGGACACCGUUCCUCUCAUCACCAAAAAGUCGAAGAGAAUCAACUUGUUCACCAAAGCCGAGCAGAUUGAAAUUAACCGAGCCAGAGCUAUGAGGGAAUUGCCGGAUCUAAGUUUGGUGGUUGGGAAGCAACUCGGGUUCGUGGAACCGGACCAAAGCUCUAACGCAAACUCCUCUGAUCCCGGGGAGCCGAGAGCGACUGAGUCGGACGGGGCUCAGCUCGUGAGAAAGUCGGGGAGCAAGAGGAAGGAGAGGGAAGGCGUUUCUUCCGAGGAGAAGCAAGCCGAGGAGACUUCCACCGGUGGGGGCGCCGGAUCGGAGAAGAAGCGGGCGCGCAAGGAUCCCGUUGAGGUUCGGCCUUCCUCUGUGGAGAGAGGUGAGCUCCAGGCCUUGGAGCCUAGCAACAAUUCUCGAGAUGACGUUCUCCCGGAUCCGUCUCUCGAUGGUGGUCUUCAGGGGACUUCUUCUAAGGUGAAGAAGAAGUCGAAAAAGAAUAAUAAGAAGAGUGCCGGCGAAUCCUCGGGGCACGAGAUAGCGCCCGAUACGGAGAAGGAAACCGUGGAGGCUCCGACUACUGCCGUUUCCCUCCCCAAGGCGGCGGUUCGUGAAGAUGCCCGGGGAUCGAACAGGUCCUCUCCGAAGGCUCAGGAGGGUAAGGCUGUGCCGAAGAACCUGCAGGGGUUUUGCCCGGAUAAAGUGGACUUCAUUUUCAAGCGGGACACUCCUCUCGUUUGUAACGAGAGAGAUUGCGCUCGUUUCGUCCGCCAAGUCCGGGGAAGUAGGGAGCAUCUCCCACUCGUCAAGGACUUAGUUUUCCAAGACGAGUACACCGCUGCUGCCGGUUCCUCGGUUAAGAGCCAAGGUGACUGGAACGAGGUCGUCCGCAUAUACGACAAAGAGCUGAAGAGGACCUAUGGUGUGAUUGAUAGGCAACGGCGCAACACCAAGGAGGCGACUGUCGCCUUAGAGGUCAUGCUGAAGAAGAAGGACGAAGCGGUUAUUGCAGAAGCGGCCAUGAGGGAUGAACUCUCCCAGAAAGAGGCGGCUAUGAACAAGGAGCUGAAGCGAGCCCGGGAGUUGGUUAAAGCGCUCGAGAAAGAGAAAACCAAGCUGGCAAACGAGAAGAAGACCCUCGAGGAAGAGAAGGCGGCUGCUGCCUUAGAGCAUUCCAAGGAGAUGGAUCGUCUCCGAGAGUCGCGCCGCUAUGAGGUUACUCACGAACGGAUCCGAGUAAUGGCGGCGAUGCAUGGGAAAGCCGCCGUUCGCUUCCAGAGGAUCCAGGAUCGGGAGUCCCGUCGUGAUAACUUUGAGGAUGCGAGAUGCAUGCUCGGCCAGGCUCGGGGGAUGAGACGUUGCCUUGAAGGGAUGAAAGCGGCAGGUAAAAACAUCUCUCAGGGAGAUAUUGAUAUCUACGCCGGGCAAGAGAGGCAUUAUGAUGCGGAGGUGAAGCGUUUGAUCGUAGAUGAUCUUCUCGAGAAGGACCUUUCUUUAUCUCCUCUCGUGCUCGAGUCGAGGUUCGUUAUCCAGGAGAUGAUGGAUAAAAUCGACAAAUUUGGGUCGAACAUGGACUUGCUCGACUCCGAGGCCGCCAAGACGCUUCGCACUCCCCUCAGAGCACCAGGGGAUCGAUCCGAAGAGCCGUCGAAGAGCCUUCUCGACACCGUUCAGUCGCCAGCUCGCCUGAUGCUGUUCUCCCGGGUCAAGAAGUUGCCCUUAAGGACCCUUCCGUGGCUGAGGAGACGAACAAGUCAGCUCCCGACGAACCGAUCUCCAACACGCCGGUCAAUAUCUCCGACUCGCCGUCAUUCGAGGAUGCGGAUUCUGGCGCGAGUGAAGGACAUCUCGAGGGGGCGGACUCUGGCGCGAGCGAAGAACAUCCCGAGGAGGAUCUUCCUGCCUUGGAUUAGUAUUUGA